GUGGUUCAGUCGCUCGUUCAGUCGCUCGUUGUCUGUGGUCGCCGACUGAGGUCCUGCCAGUUCCUGUUGGUGAAGCGAUGACGUAGAAUCCUCUCCGACCUUGACGCGUCUUCGGUUUCUUGACAGGAUUUUCGUUCGAGGAAGGAUAUUUCGGAAGGAAGGAGAGCGCAUCCUCUUGGCCGGCGUUGGAUCCUCUCCCCUGGACGCGAUGCCCCUUGGCAUGGGCUUGUGUUGCGCCGUGGCGUUUGCGUGGGCACUAGUGGCGUCAGCGGCGGGCGAAGACCUCGUGCCCGUCUACACGGAGGCACUGCGGCUGCCGCGAUGCUGCGCCCCCGACCAGGCGCUGGCGUCCGACGGCUUCUGCGAACGCUUCCCCGCCGCUUUCGCGCCGAAGGUCGUCAUCGGGGAAACCUUGGUGGAGGCGGUCAACGUGGUCAACGAGACGCCGACGGUUGUGGACUGCGCAGCGCUCGGGGGCAGCGAGACAGUCGUGCCCGUCGUCCGCGGGGAGAUCGUCAUCCUCGCCGACCCCAAGUGGCCCGCGCUGGUGUACUGGAAGCCUCCCGGCGGCCAGGAGCCUGUCGCCAUUAAGGAAUUCUGCAUCGCCUUGCGGGUGCCGGAGGGAUCGCAGGAGGACCAGUAUCUCAUCAAAUUCUGCAACCAGAACCCAAUUGCUCUCCCGACCGUAUGCCAGAGUACCUACUGCUACAGGAAGUGCUGCCCUGAGGGCCAUGAAAUGCUUCACAAUUCAUGCGUCAACAGUAGCGACCUCUGGGAGCCUGAGUUCUCUCUCCCUCCCCAUGUCGACCUGGACGUGGUUUACGGAUUACCUCAGUGCGAGACCCUCCUGGUCUACGAAGACUUCAUCCUCGACCCCAAGGGCGACCUGCAAUUGCCCAGCGGCAGGCACUUGUCCCACGCCCAUUACUGCGUCGAGCGGAGAAGCAGCAGGGAUGAGCCGAGAGGGCAAGUUGCGAUUGCCUGCGCCCCCGAGCCGGUGACGUGCGACUGGAACAGCAACAUCCUGCAGCCAGUGCUGCUGAGUGUGUCCUGCGUCUCCCUCUGCGUGACGGCCAUCGUCUACCUGUCGGUCCCAGGCCUCAGGAACUCGCUCAACGGCCGCUGCCUCGUCUGCUUCGUCGUCUCCAUGUUCCUCAGCUUCCUCACUAUCCUCGUCAUUGGCCCCCCGAGACGGCUUCGGCAGCUUCCAGUGCACGUUCUCAGCCAAUUUUUGCCUGACCUUUAUUCUCGCGACGUUCUUCUGGCUGAACAUCAUGUACUUCCGGAUCUGGUCUGAGCUCAGGUCCCCCGGCCAAGAUGGGCCCAAAACCGGCUGGUUCUUCGGUCUCUGCCUCUACGGCUUCGGCGGACCUCUUCUGGUGACGCUGGGGGCCUCGGGCUGGACCUCGCCGGAGCAGAUGUCGUCCGCCCGAAUUUC